UAAGAAGAAAAAAAAGUAGAACUUUCUCCCUCCUCUCUUGCACUCCAAGUUGCAAGGGAUUAAGAUUUCUGUAGUUCGCCUGAAGGGAGAGACACCAUGAGCACCAGCACCAACAAUCUUGCAUGGCACCAUGGGAAUUGGCGAGCAGGAGCUGGUUAUGGUGCACCUGCUCAGAAUAGUGAUUCAAACCGAAUGAACUCACUGGUAUCCAGAACCCCAACCUUCCGACCCACUGAUGCAGGUGGUCAGAGAACAGAUACACGGCAGUUAUUCGAGGAAAGAGUCAGAACUGGACCCAAUGGCUUGACAGGUUUCCCAGGUCAGCCUCUUCCUCCAAGACAAAUCCUCUUCCUGGAUGGUGAAACAGAACUAGUGGUUAACCCUCAACUUGGGCAGUUUGUCCGAGGAUCUCCCCUAAUGAUAAGAGGCCAAAUGCAAAUCCCUCCGCAGGAAGAGUCUAGGCCGAUCGAAGAGCAGCAAAGGAAGGCCUUAACACAAUUGAAGAAGCAUGUAUACAACCCAGCCAAAUUUAAAUCAAGAAGAUGGUGCUUAUACUACAGAGACAAUGCCACUAAUAGCUCCUAUUCGGCAGAUGGGAAAGAUGAUGAUAGCAAGGCUUGUUCAAUUUGCUUAGAAGAUUUUGUUCCUAAUGAGGAGUUGCUAAUCACUCCAUGCAAGCAUAUGUUCCAUGACGAGUGCAUCCUCCCUUGGGUGAAAAGCCAUGGUCAGUGCCCGGUAUGUAGGUUCUCCCUUUGUGACACAGGCGGGAGAGCUCUGUCCCAAAACAACCCUGGCCUUCCUCUGAAUGAUCAUAUGCCAGGAGAUCUUAUCGCACUUGUAAGGGCUAUGGAAGAGGCCUUCGAGUGGGUGACUAUCCCUCGCUAAUACAUUAUGAAGUCAAAGGACAUCCAUAAUCAGGAUUGCUAAUGCU